CCGUCUUAUCGCGUGCUUUGCCUCAUCGACAAGCUCCUUCUCCUCGGCGUGGGACAAACAGCUUAUUUGGGUCCACCUGCCGGUCUGCCGCAUUUCCUCGCCUCGCUGGGAAGCCCGGUCCCGGAAGGCUCGAACAGCACAGAGCAUGGCUUGGAUGUCAUGGCCGUGUUGCAAGCCCAGGGUGUUACCGACAUCCAGGCCUACGCCCAAGCCUGCCGCGAAGGCGUGGCCGACCCUGCGGCGGCGGCUCGGAAACCGUUGCUGGAGGCUCCAC